AGAUGGCGGCCUUGACGGAGGAAAAUUCUGUCGUAUCUGGCGAUGAUUUUGAUGAAGUAUUAAAUAUUUUAAAAGAAAAUGAAAAAGUUCUGGAAGAAUUUGAGCAAGCUAUUGCCGAUGUAAGUACGCAAUAAUUAAAAAGAUUGAAAAUUCUAUUCAUAUAGUGAAUUUUAGAUUGUUUUGAUACCGACGAAAUUCACGAAAAUAAUAUGAACAUAAUUUUAUUAUUUUUCCUCUUGUUCCUGACUGGAUAGAAGAGGUUUUCGCUAGUUAAUUUUAUCAUUGGCAACGAAAAAAAACAACUUAACUAUAAACAAGUGUAAACACUCUCGUCAGUUACAACGCCACAAAUGAAUUUGAUCUGUCCAUUUGUGCAGAAAUCGGAAUUAAAUAUUUAAUAUUCAUCCGACAUAAUUUGAUAUAUAUCUAUAAUGAAUAAAUACUGUACAGGAGAAACAUAUAUUGUCUCUCUUUAAUAUUUAUAGGUUGAAACUGUGCACUUUAUUUGCGAGAUGUGUGGCAAAAAAUGCAAAAGCAAAUCUGGAUUAAAAAGGCACACCAAUGCAAAGCAUGGUCAUGAAACCAACCACAGCGGCAAUGUUUGCCAAGAUGACUUAAAAACUCACCUUCUUUCCCAGAUUGUAGAAGAGACUGCAUUAAAACUGAGCAAAAAUGCCUGUUAUCCAAAGACAGCGUGGGAUGAACUUGCAUCAUGCUGUCUGGUUCUUGGGGAAGAUACUUGUGAAAUGAAAAUAAUGCGAAAGCUUUACAGAGAAUAUCAGAAAAAGAGCAACGUGGAGAAAUUUUAUACACAGUAUUUUAGUGAGGUACCACCCAAGGCUACAAGAUAUUUUCCUGGAUUUGCUGAGAAGACAGCAACAUUCCUUGCCACUAAAGUUGCUGAUCAUAUGUUAUUUCUUGCAAAGAAAGACAAGAACUCAGUUGAUGUCGACCCAUCUGGAUGGUCCAGGGAUAUAACUAGCACUACAAAUACUAUCCUAUCAGAAAGGGGACUAUCUGGAGGACAAUACCUUGGUGGCUAUGUUUUUCACAACUUACACAAAAAAUCGAAAAACAGCCCAAAGUGGAAAUCACCAGAAUAUCAGCAAGCAAUUUGUAUUUUUGGAGCUGCUCGUACUACAGACAUUGAUGACCAAAAAUUGGUUUCAUGUUUAAACCGUGGUGGUUUGUGGGCUAUAAAUUCAAAUGCCCAGAUGAUUAUAUUUAAAACUGAAAACCUAUUUAGAGAUAACUACAUCCAUUAAUGAAAAUAAGGUAGAUGUUAAUAUAAUUUUGUUUAGGUCAAUAUCACACCCUGACAUUUAUCAGCAUUUGAUUCCCUAAUUGCCAAUUCUGAACUUAAACCAGAAAAACAAGUUACCAAAGACAUUUUAAAUUAAAUUGUUUAUCUGUAUUUAAAGUACAAGCAUUUUCCCUUGCCAAAGAUGUUGUACAAAAAUACAAGUCACUCUAUGUUAUUACAAGUUGUGCAUUGUUAUUCUAUCAUCCCAUGUUUCAACAUUCCAGUUUCUUUUUAAUUCUUUUAAUUUCAAAACUUGCUUUUGAACCUCUGCAAGAGAGUAAAACUUCUGAUAGGUAACCGGACCUUGUACUCAAUGAUUGUGGGCUCGACUUGGCACAUCAGGCAGUGGUAAAGCUCCAAAAACUGGCUUCUUCUUUGUCAUUUUCUCAGUUCCUGCUAUCAAAAGAACAACUCUAUUUUAGUUUCACUAAUAAAGUCCUGUUACAUGAGCAAAUUUUAUUUGACAAAUUUCAUAUGUCAAAGAUAUCUUGCUCGUGUAGAUGAUAAAUUUGUGACAAAUUUAUUGUGACAAAUGCAUUUGAACAAAACCUAGCAUGCCAGCUUUUGAUCAAAUGCAUUUGAUCAAAUGAAAUUUGUCAAAUAAAAUUUGCUCAUGUAAACGGGGCUUAAACAAACAGAUGCAUUUCUGUACUGUUUAAUUAAAUUACAGUAUAUUCUGGUACAAAGAAAAACCGAAAUGCCAAUAAAAUUAUAUCACAUGAACUUUUAUACUGUAACAGUAAAGACUUUACAGUAUAUCCCUCACUAUUAACAAAGUUGAUAAAUGGCUUACCAAAAAUAGAGAAAUAAUAGUUGUAUAAUUUUGGACCUUCUGUCAGUGCAUCCUCGGGGUCUGAAAUUUUAGGGGAGGCAAAAGUAUAUAUUACAAAAUAAAAUUUUCAACAUGCCAAAGGGGCAAGCAGUCUUGGGGAUCUUGGAGCAUGCUCCCCCAAGAAAAUUAUGAUUUCUAGGGUCUCUGAAACGUAAUUUCCUGCAUUCUUCUGAGAUUAGUUUUAUUCUAUAUUUAAAGUAUAUCAGAAUAAUAUAUCUCCACACAAUUUCUCUCCAGAUAUUGACUUUUUAUGACAACAGUUUUGGGACCAUUUGGGGCAGGGGUGUCUGCCCCCCUCAUCCCCCCAGGCCAUACCACUACCUUCUCCGAGUUUAUUAUGAAUUAAAACUAUAGAUACAUGUAGUGUAAAAAGAAUUUUAAUCGUGUUACAAAUACUCACUAUAAUAGCUCACUCGAAAUGUUUAAUGCACAGUCAAGCAAUAUAUCUCAAGUUCAUGCAGGACAAAGAAAUUGUAGAGAAAUUUUGAUUUGAUGUAAUUUUAACAUUGUUUUACAGCGCUUUAAAAUAGUUUAAAAUAGCUCAAAGGGAAUUAAUGUAUGUUAUGUAC